AAACAAAAAAAUAAAAAAAUAAAAAAAAGGAAGAAAAUUCAAAGGAAAUAUGAGUCAAGGGGAAGUCAACGACCAUUUUUCGUCUUCGUCUUCUUCUUCAUAGUCAUGAGCUACACGACGUCGAGUAUUUGAUCUCCAAUCAGACAUGAAAAGAGGCAGCUUGAGCUUUAAUCCCAUCUGUCUCCCUCCUCCUGAGGAAUCCAUCUCCAAAUUUCUAACAGAGAGCGGAACGUUCACGGAUGGAGACCUUCGAGUGAACAGCGAUGGAAUCCAGACCGUGUCUCAGUCCGAACCUGGAGCUCCACCUCCUAUUGUGCCAUUGGACAACCAAUUGAGUUUGGCAGAUCUGGAAGUGAUCAAAGUCAUUGGCAAAGGAAACGGUGGUAAUGUUCAGUUGGUGAAACACAAACUGACUCAACAGUUUUUCGCUCUUAAGGUCAUUCAAUUGAACACAGAAGAAUCAACAUGUCGAGCGAUUUCUCAGGAACUGAGAAUAAACUUGUCAUCGCAAUGUCCAUAUCUCGUCUCAUGUUAUCAGUCUUUUUACCAUAACGGUCUUGUUUCAAUCAUCUUGGAGUUCAUGGACGGUGGAUCCCUUGCGGACUUGUUAAAGAAAGUCGAGAAAGUUCCUGAAAACAUGCUCUCUGCCAUCUGCAAGCGAGUGCUUCGAGGUUUGUGCUAUCUUCACCAUGAGAGGCGAAUCAUUCAUCGGGACUUAAAGCCUUCGAACUUGCUAAUCAAUCAUAGAGGUCAAGUGAAAAUCACAGACUUUGGUGUCAGCAAGAUCUUGUCUAGCACGACCAGUCUUGCUAAUUCCUUUGUGGGUACAUACCACUAUAUGUCUCCAGAGAGAAUCAGCGGAAGUAUGUAUAGUAACAAGAGCGAUAUUUGGAGCUUGGGACUAGUUUUGCUCGAAUGUGCAACGGGUAAAUUCCCUUAUAAUCCUCCAGAAGACAUGAAGGGAUGGAGUAGCGUGUAUGAGAUAGUGAACACCAUUGUCGAAAACCCACCUCCUUGUGCACCUUCCCACCUGUUUUCUCCAGAGUUUUGCUCCUUCAUUUCUCAAUGUGUACAGAAAGAUCCAAAAGACAGAAAAUCAGCACAGGAGCUUUUGGAACACAAGUUCGUGAACAUGUUUGAAGAUUUGGAUGCGAGUCUCUCUUCUUACUUCACCGACGCAGGAUCUUUGACUCCCCCUCUUGCUAAUAGCUAGAACCGAGUUUGAACAAUCCUUCUACCAUCAUAUCUUAUUAUAUCCAAUAGAAAAGAUGUUACGAAAGCCGAAUUAACGAGAUGUUAAGACUUAUGAGAGACAAUUCCACAAAAUCUUAUUUUCCUGUGUA